AUGUGGUUGCGAAGCCUUAUAGUCCUUGGAUGGUUGGGUUACCCCAACUUAAUCGCUGGCAGGCCUUUUGAGACGGCCAGUAGUGAUAAUACUCCUAUUGUGGACUUAGGAUACGCUAAAUAUGAAGGCACCUUUUUGAAUGUCGGCGUUAACCAGUUUUUGGGCAUGCGAUAUGCUGCUCCGCCUCUGGGGGAUUUGAGAUGGAGAGAACCCCAAGAUCCCCUUCAUGAAGACGGAAUACAGCCUGCCAAAGAGUUUGCACCCACAUGUAUUGGAACCGCUGGAGUCUUAAGCAACGCUACGAAUGAGGAUUGUCUGUUCCUCGACAUCUUUACACCAAGCAAUGCUACUCCGAACUCUAAACUACCCGUCUGGUUUUUCAUUCAAGGCGGUGGCUAUGCUACGAAUUCAGACCAGAACUUCAACGGAACAGAGGUCGUCUCCAAAUCAAAUUCAAGUAUGGUGUUUGUUCAGCUCAACUACCGGGUCGGGGCGUUUGGAUUUUUGGCCAGUGAGAAGAUCCGUGAGAAUGGAGAUCUGAAUGUUGGGCUACUCGACCAGCAGAAAGCUUUGCAGUGGACACAAAAAUACAUUCAUCUGUUUGGAGGAGACCCAAAUCAUGUUGUCAUUCAUGGUGAUUCGGCCGGUGGUGGCUCAGUCGCCUAUCACCUAACCGCCUAUGGGGGUGAGCGUGAAAAGCUCUUUGUAGGCGCAAUACCAGAAUCACCGUUUCUUCCUACCCACAGAACGGUAGCUGAGUCGGAGUUUCAAUUUGCCCGUUUUGUGGCAAAUGUCAGCUGUGAACAUGAUGCAGAUGUGAUGUCGUGUCUUCGAUCGAAAGACGCAGCAACUCUUCAGUCGGCGGAUGUGGCAUCUCGUUUCCCCGGGACAGAGGAAACACCCCUUUGGUACUUCCUACCCGUGAUUGACGGAAUAUUCUCUCCAGCCGAUCUCUACACUCUUUUUGAACAAGGCAGAGUGACGAGGGUACCAAUUAUGGUCGGUGAUGACAACGACGAGGGAACGGCCUUUAGCCCUAACGCUAGCACGUCCUCGGAAUUUUUGGAAUUCAUGCAGGCCAAUUACCCUCGACUGACACCAGCUGAUCUUCAAGUCAUCAACAAAACGUACCCACCUGGGCAGCACCUGCCUCUGCAUGCCAGGUAUUUCCCCCCGGCUGCAAAAGCUUACGGAGAAUCAACGUUUACCUGUCCCGGGAUUGAAAUUGCCACAUCGCUUGCGACUCAUUACUCUUCCAUGAAGACCUGGAGCUACCGAUACAACGUCUGGGAUGCUGAAUACGAAUUGGUAGGUCUCGGAGUGCCACAUGUGGCUGAGAAGCCAGCUCUUUAUGGUCCAGGGAACGCGGGAGCUUGCGAUAAUUGCUCUUAUCUGACCUACAACGCGCCAAUGGUUCCUAUUGUUAUGGACUACUGGAUCAGUUUUAUUCUGACCCUGGAUCCAAAUACCCACCGACAUUAUACGGCUCCAGAGUGGGAGCCCUGGGGACCUCAUGGCAGCCAAAGAUUGAGGUUCCAGCUGAAUGCAACAGCUAUGGAAUCUGUGCCCAAUGAUCAAAUGCGCCGGUGCGCCAUCUGGAAAAGCCUUGCUAAGACUAUGCAGCAAUAG